AUGGCGUCGCAGAGGAAACUCGCGGCGAGCGAUGGACGAGAACUAGCCCAACCAGGAAGCGAGAAGCGAUGGGGCCGCGCAGAUCGCGCGACGCACGGAAAAAGGACCGAGACAGGGAUGAAUUCGGCAAGGCGUCCGCAAGAUACGAGGAUAGUCAUGGCGGCGCGAAGCAGGCUUACGGCAUUGCAGAGGCGGAGAGACGUGCGUGUGCGCUCUUCAGUCUCGAUCGCCUUUUGCGAGCUGAAGACGUCUCUGAAGCCUUUUCUCUCGUGGCUCCACGAGCGCAUCCGUACCGCGUGCCGGUCCCCUCUCAGUUGUCUUUCCGGUCCCUCUCUCUCGCCUUCAUCUGGCUCAGAUGUCCCGCUUCCUUCGUCUGCAUCCUCUCGCUCCGUGGCUCGCGCUGGGUCACAUGGAGCAUUGUCUCCCCAUCCCGCUGCGUCCUCGCCUUCUGCCGAGCUGUCGCUGCAGCAGCGGUUUGCUGUAGCCCAGGAAGCGCUGACCGCGCUGCCGGGCGGGGCGGCUUUGUAUCUUUUUCUCCAUCUUCUUUCGCGGCAUAGUCCCUCGACGCUCGCCAAGACUGUCGCGUCGUGUGUGCGGAAGACCGAGCCAACGCUCGCGCCUCUCGUUCUCUUCCCUCUCCUGGGCUCGCCGCCAGCAACUUACUUCGAGGACGCGAUGAAGCGCCAGCUGCUUCACACCGCUUCCAUCUAUCUGCUGGUGCUGCAAAACACUGAAGGAUGUUUAGUCGUUCGGCAGAAACGCGCGUUGCCUCUUCUUCGAGCGGCGCUGCGGCUCGGCGUCGCAGGCCUCGCGCGGAAGCUCGUGCGCUUCGUGCUCGCGCUCCUGGUUGCCUAUCCGGCGCGGAAGAGGGCGGAAAACAGCGCGUGCGAGGCGACCGGGGAUCCGACUGAAAGUGCGAAGGCUCGGCAGGCGUCUGUGCAUGCGCUACGGGAAGGAAACUGCGAAGAGGAUAUCGUCGUGCCGUGGUCGGGAGCAGGAGGGGCCCCCGCACUGUGGGCUCCGCCGGCGCUGUUUCAGGAGCGAAGACGAAGCAGGUCGCACGCAGCGAGGAGUCGCGCAGAAGAGAAACCUGCGCGAGAAGGCGAGCAGCUCCACUCUCAAGUGGAAGAGGAGGAGGGCUCCCGAAGAGCCCAGAAAGCGAAGCACGGCCAGCGUGCGGAGGAACGCGCGGAGAGACAAGCCGACGCAAAAGCAGACGAAGAGAGGGCCAUCUUUCAGCUUUACCGAGAUGUUGUGGCAAUCGUUGAGGACUGUCUUUUGAGUUCGCUGGUUCAUCUGCAGUGGCUCCGCGUUUUUUCAGUUGACAAGUGUCCUCGCGCUCGAUCUGCCUGCUUGGCUCUUUCGCCUCCGCCCUCAUAUCUGUCGCGUCUUUUCGCUUGA